AUGUUGAACGCACAGUCUAUACGUGAAGCAAUCACAACGGUGUUAUCCGAUGUCAAUAAAGAGGAUGGGAAGACUGGUGGGUCAAACUUUGACGCCCCAGGAAGAGAGCGAUUUGUUUUUCGGUGUGACAAAACUGUUCCAAUCGACGAACGAUCGUCUCCGUCGGAUGGUCUAUCUUGCUAUCAAGGCUCUCAAUAUAAGCGAGGGAGAGGCCUUCAUUGUGACCUCCUCCUUGACGAAAGUGAGCCCGAGCGAACUUCUUGCACUUAUUAUGCAGUCCAUCCACCCACACCUCCAGUUUCUACAGUGCAUGCAUUCAGUAGUCCAUUGUCGCUCCGUUUUCAGGACAUGAACUCUGGAAGUGAUACUCAUCGAGCAAACGCCAUCCGUACAUUGAGCAAAAUCGUUGACGCAUCGAUGGCAACACAAAUCGAGCGUUAUCUUAAGACGGCUAUCGUUGAUAAAUCUCCCUUCGUUGCGUCGUCGGCUUUGGUUUGCGGAAUGAGUUUGUUGAAGACGUGUCCAGAUCUUGUCAAACGCUGGGUGAAUGAAGUUACUGAGAGCGUUCGCUCCAAAAAUACAACCGUUCAGUUUCACGCACUGGCUUUGCUUUAUGAAUUGAAAAAAUCGGAUCGACUAGCGCUCCAUAAAGUUGUUGGGACUCUCACCGCCACUCCACUGAAGAGCCCUCUUGCGGAAUGUCUUCUCAUUCGUUAUGCAACGCGCAUUUUACGGGCAGAGAAAGAUCCAGCACUCGAAAGAAGCCUCAUCGACUAUUUGGGAUCGCGUUUGCAUCAUCGAUCUGAAAUGACGGUCUUGGAAGCUGCUCGAGCGUUGUGUGAUUUGGCGUGUGAUGAUCCUCGUGGAGGAAUGGAAAUUUGCGGAACAGAUUUAACUCCCACACUCACUGCACUGCAGAUCAUGCUUUCUAAUCAGCGUUCGGCAGUUCGCUUUGCCGCAGUGAGAACAUUGAAUAAAUUGUCACGAGCCAGACCGCUAGCUGUUGCACGGUGCAACUCGGAGAUUGAAGCACUGCUUUCUGAUGGAAAUCGUAGCAUAGCGACGUUGGCCUUAACGACAUUGUUCAAGACAGGCCAUGAAUCCGGAAUAGAGCGUUUGAUCAAGCAGAUCUCCCUCUUAAUGUCUGAAAUCGCUGAUAGCUUCAAAAUUGAGGUCAUUGAAGCGGUUCGGCAAUUGGCAUCAACGUAUCCUUCCAAGCAUCGAACUAUGAUGAGUUUUCUUGCGACUCAGUUGCGAGAGGAAGGAACCUACGAGGUUAAGAGAGAUCUGGUCGAAGCCCUUGCCGCUUUGCUCGAAGAAAAUCCUCAGGCGCAAGAAGCUGGAUUGUUUCAUUUAUGUGAAUUUAUCGAAGAUUGUGAAUAUCCAACGCUCUGUAUCCGCAUUUUGGGACUUCUUGGAGAGUUGACGCCCACAACGUCCCAACCAUCUAAAUUUAUUCGAUUUAUUUAUAACCGAUUGAUUUUGGAAAAUGCUGCUGUUCGAGCAGGUGCUGUUGACGCGUUAAGUCGCGUCGGUUUGCGAUGUCCUGAGCUUUCGAAGAACAUAGCGGUGUUGCUUGAAAGUUGCCUUGUUGAUAAUGAUGAUGAACUUCGUGAUCGCUCUCGGCUUUAUUGCAAGGCAUUAAAUUUACAUGAUUCUGACGGUGAAUCAACUUGUGCUUCUUCGACUGUUUCUCUUGAAGAACUUCUCACUCCUGAUCUUCCUGUUUCCAUUGACGCAACACUCGACUACACAAAACAAUGGUUAGAAUCAUCUGGAUCUAUCGGACCUCUUGAUCUCUCAAAUCUUCCAUCUGAGGAGGAAUAUAAGAAUAUCAGUGCAAUGGUUGCUGCUGCAACAGCCGCUGCGUCUCCCACUCAAGCUGUAAGUUACAUGCUUUGCUGCUGCGUCUUGAUGCCUCCUUCUCAGGCCGCUUCUCCAACGACUCAAGCUGCUAGGGCGUCAUUCGAACUGGCAGGGGAUGGAAUUGUCUCUGAGCUUUCUCGUGUUUGCUCCUCACUCUGCCCUGAUGAAGUCUUGGGCGAAUUGGAUCAUUCUUGUAAGCAAGUGCCUCUCACAGAGAAAGAAGCAGAAUACGCUGUAGUGGUAAGAUUUAGUCCAGACAAUAAAAGUCCCAUCUUAAAUCAAAUUCUCCAACGAGAGAACGAAAGCAGUCUUUUCAUUUUACCGUGUCGUUCCAUUACAAACACGAUGCCAGAUCAGGUGAGUUAUCGGAAUCCUCACAAUAGUUUAGCCUUUUUCGUCACUCAGAAAUUGCAAAAUGUUGAGAUUGUCCCAACGAAUUGCGAUCCAUCCCAGUGGACCAUUCUCGCUGCUUCACGCAUAAACGAAUUGAUGUUCGACGCUCCAGGAUCUUGCUUCAGUAUUUUGAAGAAGGUUCAAACCGAUUCAGAAGGCUUCAGUACUUCCGUAGGAAGUUUUGCUGUGAGCCUCAAUUACGUCGUCAAAGAAGAUGGUGACGAUUUUGGAUACAACGAUUCUUACGCCUUAGAACCUAUUUCCAUCUCAAUCGCUGAUUAUGUCGUUCCUCGCGGUCUCCGUUCCGGCCAGUUCAAAUCUCAAUGGAAUCUGCUCGCUGGAUUUGAAGCACUUGGAAAAUUGAGUUUGAAUUAUCGUUCGAUGGAAACAGCAAUUUCAGAAAUCAUUGAUCUUCUCAAUCUCGCGCCAUGCGAGGGAACAGAAGUCGUUCCAGCAACGUCAACUUCUCAUGAUCUUUUACUCGCUGGGAUCCUCGUCGGAGGACUUUUAAUCCUAUCGCGAUGCAUGGUAGUGAUGAGCCCGAAGCAUGGAUGCCUAUUGAAGAGUUUGAAUUUAUCUUUUUCGUUACAUUCACGUAAAGAGCUCGCGAUAUAUUCAACUUCUGAAAAACAUGGUGAAUAUUCAAUUUCGCUCUUGCUGAAAAAUCUUUGGAUAUUCAAUUUCGCUCUUGCUGAAAAAUCUUUGGAUAUUCAAUUUCGCUCUGAAGAAGAACUGAUUAAGAAAAGAUUAUGCAAAGAAGAGGCGAACGCCUUGAGCAGAACAGACGGUCGCGAAGAUUGUGUUGAUGUCUUUCAUCAUCUGGGCUGCCUGGAUCUCUGA